AUGUCGGAAGCGACCGAGAUUCUCGACACGGAUUUCGAGGAUGAAAGUGACUACGAGAGGGGUGCCAGCUUCGAGUCGUAUGACAGCAGAAGACGGAGUCAGACGACAAUUUCUUCCUACGACGAGGCCCGUACUCCCAGCCCCAGGACAAGUACCUCCCGGAACCAGUUCAACCUCCGACUCCAACCUGUCGAGGGCCCCAAAGGACCCCAUCUCUUCCGUGCAUCCCAGGCAUCGGCAGAACUCGACUACUUUGACUAUGCAUUACAGAUGUCACCCCUCCUCCCCAAGGAGGACUCCAAACUAUCCAGUAGGGUGCCCUCGGCGUUCUCCGAAGACACCGUCACGCGAAAUGCACUCGAGGAGAAUUUCUACCACUCUCCACACGUCAACACCAACGAUCCGGAAGCCCACAUUCGAUCGUGGUCUACCCAGGAGGUCGUCGACUGGAUGCUGGAGAUUGGAUGCGACGCUUCGGUGAUUGAAUGCUUUGAGCAAAACGACAUCAACGGCACCGUUCUGGUUGAUCUCGACUUUGAUGACCUCAAAGAACUCGACAUCCAAUCCUUUGGUAAACGACACGCGUUGUGGAACGCCAUCUGCCUGUUACGUGGCGAGGAUGGUAUCCCCAGCCCGCAACCCACUCCUUUCCAAGACAUUAGCCGACCAUGCACAUCCCACAGCAGGCAGUCACCUUCGCAUGAAUGGUAUGUCGAUCCCGUCGCUCCGGSUGGGGAGAAGAAACGACGUGGACGGAAGGAACCACGCAAUCAAGAUGUCAUCACCCCGGAGCAGUCCGUCUCGAUUGUCGCCAUCGAGCAACUCCUCCCAAAACCGCACAAGUGUGCCAAAGGAGAGCGCUGUGCCAAGUGGAGAAAGCAGCAACGGGAACUCCAACAACUCCACGACGAGCAUGGCAUUGGACGCUUUCCCAUCAGUCCAACCAAAGGAGGCCGCAUCUUCCUCGCUGGUGACCCGGGCAACGCCACGACUGCAGACAACAUGAGGCCGUUUGAAGAGUACACCAUGGCAGACCCGUUCCGUCCAAACUCGGAAGCCAAGUUAUCGGUCAUUGCCUCGUCUGGUCUCCUCACACCUGGUCAACUACCUCAAUUCGCCCUCCAAGAAGACUCGCUCAGCCAGCUCGGCUCGAGAGAUCCACAAGACAAUGUCAAACGUUUCCUACACUAUCAACACAUGAAUUCUCCAACACAGUCGCCCAUCUCAACCUCACCAACCACGGAGACGGCACCSGAGCUGGCAAUGUUCCCCUCCAAAUCAGUCUCUCCCUUUCCCGCUCAAUACCACGAAGCWCCCGCCGUUCUCUCCCACCAACUCCACUCCCUCCCCAAAUUGGACAUUCCAGGCCCGCGAUCCGCCAGCGCAGGUCCUCAACUCCACCACCGACAACAACCUCAAAGACAACAAACCGCCCCUUCCACCCUCUCCCACUAUCAAACUUACACCCCAACAACCCCUCAAAUCUACCGCCACGGAACCCCUUCCUCGGAAAUCGACAUUCCACUCCUCACCACCCCCACAACCGCCAUCCUGGACCGAGACACCUCCCAAUCCGUUCCCCCAAACAUGCAAUUCCGCCCCCAACAAAAACAACCCCACCAUACCCCAUCCCGCACCCCCUCAACCCGAGAUUGGCGCCGUCCCUCAAUGGCAACCCCUCUCCCCYCCCUCCCAGAAACCUCCAUCCUCUCCACCACAACAAUCCGCGAUCCAUCCCACCACUCCCCCAUCUCCAAAGACUUUGGCUAUGGUCCCGACUGCACCCAUUCGGGCUGGAUGCGCAAACGCAAAACCAAACUCCUGCGUCACGAAUGGAACGACGCACACUGUCGUCUCAAAGGCACGCAAUUAAACCUCCACGACAAUGCGAAAUUGGAAAGCGCAGCGCGCGAAACAAUCAAUGUGGAUGGCUACGCGGUCGCGUGUACGAGUAUUUCCUCGCAAGGGAAAUUUCGCGCGGGAUUGAAAGUUUUGGGCGUUAAAUCCUCUUCCUCAUCUUCUCCGGAGAGGGAAGGGGAGGCGAACUUUUCGUUUCAGUUGGUUCCGCAGGUGRGACAGGAGGGGGGCAAGACGCAUCAUUUUGCUGUGGGGAGUAAAGAUGAGAGGAUUGAUUGGAUGAGGGAGUUGAUGCUUGCUAAGGCGUUGAGGAGGAAGGGAGAGGGGUUUGAGGUGGAGGUUAAUGGGGUGCAGGUGGAGUGA